GGAGCCAGUCAGAGAAAAAAAACGACCUCAACCCUACCCCGGUGCAGCCAGCAGCACUGGCAACCGCCGUCUCUUUGUUCUGUACUGCCUUUGACAACAAAAAGUGAUAUUUAGAAAAAAAAUUCCUCAAUGCCAGCGCGAAAAUUUACAGAAAUGGACUCAAACGGGACUGAGUACAUGGCUCACUGUGGGUCCAAUGCAAAGAGAAGGAGGCAUGACAGUGGACAGACUGUCCCAAGUGGUACCUGUGGUCUGGAGUACACAGACCUGGAGGCAGCUGAGGCGUUGGUGUGUAUGAGCUCCUGGGGCCAGGGUCACUUCCUCAGCAGCAGCAGGCCAAACCCCUGCAAGCCCAGACCCCUCACCCCGGCCUCGGACUCCUGUGACUCCAUCAUGCCGCCAGAACUUCCAGAGCCCCCGAAGGACUUUGUGUCCCUCUCCUCCCUCUGCAUGACUCCCCCCCACAGCCCCAGCUUCGUUGAGGCAUCCAGCACUGCGCUCCAGUCAAGCUCUGGCCCUGCUGUCUCCUCACCACCCUGUUGGUCUGGGCUCCAUCAACCUGUCCUGGCACCCAUUGCUGAAAAGACCCCCUCCCUCCCCUCUCCGCCACAGCCCUGCAGAGCCAUGGCGACCAGCGUCAUCCGCCACACCGCAGACAGCACCCCCUGCCAACACCGCAUUCCAGUGGCCCCCAGUCCAAAGAAAACUAUAGACACAGUAACGGCUGCAACGGGCUGCCAGCAGCAGCAGCAGCAGCAGCAGCAGCAAUGGCUGCAGUGCAUUACAAAGACUGAGCAGAUAACCACACCUCCAUCUCCUCCUGCUCCUCUCACACCCACAUUGUCCACCUCAAUAUCAGGGCAGCAAACCAGACCCUCAAAACCUUGUUUGAACAGUGUCUCCACCCCCACUCCUGUCAGUAUGCAACCGCAACCCAGCCCACACACUCCCUCUGCUCCUGCAGCCUUGUCCCCGCCCUCGGUCCCCAGCCCUCAAAUCAUCUGCCAGAUGUUCCCUGUCAGCAGCCAAUCGGGUAUAAUCUCAGCCUUCAUCCCUGGUGCAGUUCAGACAUCCAGUACUGGGAUUCGGACCGCCACCACGCCCAUCCUCCCCCAGCCCACCGCAGCUAAUGGAGCUCCUGUCCAGCAGUCCCUCAUUGUGGGCUCAGCGGUGCCUCAGGGCACAGUGAUGCUGGUUCUCCCUCAGUCCUCUGUCUCUCAGUCCCCUCACUGCCCUCAGACUGUCAUGACGCUGGGCAACACCAAGCUGCUACCUCUGGCCCCGGCCCCUGUCUAUGUGCCAGCGGGGCCCAGCGGCGGUACAACAGCCACAAAGAUGGACUUUUCCCGCAGGAGAAACUAUGUCUGCAACUUCCCGGGCUGCAGGAAGACGUAUUUCAAGAGCUCACACCUCAAGGCUCACCUCAGAACACACACAGGUGAGAAGCCCUUCAGCUGCAGCUGGGAAGGCUGCGACAAGAGGUUUGCCCGUUCUGACGAGCUCUCCCGACACCGGCGAACACACACCGGGGAGAAGAAGUUUGUGUGUCCCGUGUGCGACCGUCGGUUCAUGCGCAGUGAUCACCUCACCAAGCACGCCCGCCGCCACAUGACCACAAAGAAAAUUCCCUCCUGGCAGGCGGAUGUUCGGAGCCUGAACAAAAUGGCUGCAGGCAAAGCACCCACUUCAAAACCCGGCCUCGCCACACUUAGCAUGCUGGUACCUGCCGGCUCUAAGUAGAUAAUGUACACUGCCAUCCUACCCACUCCCAAGAUACCACAGGGACACAGAGCAGCCAAGCACACAGGGCUGCUGCUACUUUACUCAUGGGAAUGAAAGAAAAACAUGCACUGGACUCUUUUUUUCUCCUCUACUGCUCAUUUGUACAUUUUUCUUUAAAGGACUCUUAUGUUUACUUUGAUAUAAUUGAUAAUAUUAAUGCACUCUUGCCAAAGCCUUUGUAUGAAGUUUGUCUUAUACGUUUCAGCUUCUCCACCCAACACUUUCUCUUUUGUUUGUGUUGAUACUGAUAUGUGUCUGUGUGAAUGUAUUGUUUGUUGUACUAUGAAAUGCAUUUAUUUGUCAUAUUUGGAAAAAAACAAUGUAAAUAUGAAUAUUAAUCAUCAGUACUAUGAUUAUACCUUGAUUAUAUCUCCCUGUCUAACUUUUCAUAUUAUUUAAUACAUAUUUGUAAUAAAAAAAGGAUUAAAUGAGUCA